AUGAACAUUCCACUGGUUGACACUCCGUCCAGUUUGAUGCUGUCUUCCAAUAGAUAUUUCCACAGAGAUCAAGUUGAACUGGCUCUCCACAAUAUGCUGACCUUCAUGAAACUCAAGGUCAACACCAAGUUACCCUGGCAGGUUGCCGAAAGUUCACUCUUCAAAAUAAAAAUUUUAAUGUGUUUCAUGUGCGGUGACCCGUACAACAUGACCUUGCCUCUGGCUCCUCUACUCAACCACCAGUCAUGUCUCAUCUCCAAACACCAUCAACAAACGGUCAACUUGGAGGUUUAUUUAGAUGAGAACAAGCGCAAGGUGUCAGUCAGUUGCUGUUCAUAUCACGAGGCCAACAAGACCGUUACAUCCCUGUUCCAUGGCUGCAUACUUGUUUACAGUGUUCGCAGGCUCGCUUCACUAUCCAAUCUCAAGGCAUUCGCUUCCAAAACUCGGGUGAUGCCGAUAAAACUGUUAGCAGUGUUGGAGGGUGGUUCUCAAGGAAAUAUCAUCCACAAUAACAUCCUGAGCAACAGCAGCAAUGUAAUAACGCAUCAUCUACUGAACGAAGGCAAGUUAUUUGCAGAAAGCAUUAACGCCUCUUUCAUGACUACAUCGCCUAAUUUCCAACAGCAAAUAGGUUCCUACACUCCGUUCUUCAAGGAAUGUUGGGACCAGAGACGUACCACGGAGUUCAUGUACACUUCAUCUUCAUCUUCAUCAUCGCCUCUGAUGCAGCAGCAAGCCAACAAACACAAACGGCAUUCGAGCGUCAGUGAGAAGAUGAAGCACAGACCACCUGCAGCCCUGCCUCGCAGAAUCAUCAGCAACAUCAACAACACCAACAACAACAGUUUCAACAACAUCAUUAACAAAAUCAUCAACAACGGUACACACGUUUUAAACAGCAACAGUCUUGAUGUUAGAAGCAAUGAUAGCAGUAGUAGUGCCGAUGACUCAGACCCGUCCUGUCUGUACCACAUGAGUACGGAGACUGAUGCAGACCGAGGCAUGUCAUUCACAUCUCACCUGCACUCCCCGAACCCCGUCUUUGCUUCCUUACCUCAGGACGAUCUCUACAGCGAGAUCAACACACUCGAUACAGAUCAGCUCAUACAGCCAACCAGAUCCCUGCAUCACAGACACAAGAGAGAAAAAUCUUCCAACUGCACUGAACUUGAAAAUCAUGCUACAGUUGCCGUCAACGGAUUCAGACAGGAGUUUGCUGACCACGUUUAUUAUAACGCAGAUGUCAGUCUGCUGCAGGAAAACGUUCGUUACUGCAACAGCACCAUUUAUAUGAAUCUUUGUGAUAAGAAUCAUUCGUUUAAGCACAAUGAGCAGAAAAAUCGUCUUCACAAUCUCAACAAUCAGCACAAUCGCCAGUGCCAACCAAGAUACCAGUUUAGGAAGUCUAACAGCAUGAAGCUUGCAUUGGAUGAAGAUGAUGGAGGCAAUAUUUUUUGUUCUCUAUCUGUUAAUGUGUAA